AUGAUCGAUUUUAUUGCUCAAUACAACGCGAAAUUAUGGGUUCGCAACGGAUUUGCUAUUCAACAGUCCGUUGACCAGAUAUUCUCCCCUGUGCUUCGCGUCGAAAUGAUUGAUCGCGAUUUGCAAUUGUUGCAAAUUGGCGCUGCUAUUCUACCACCGGAUGAAUUCCUUGUGCGGAUGAUUCAUCAUUUGCGUUUGGCGGCCUAUUUACUUGAGCCCAGUCAAAGCACAGCGGGUCGCGGGUCGGUUCAGGCGGUCGAAAUGUUGUUGCGUACCCUGAUCAAUUUAGUGACCAAUCGAUCUCGUCCUAGCAUCGGUAAAUUUGGUCUGGAUUACAUCCAGCUCGCGGAUGAGGCGGAACUACUGAAAGAAUGCGUCAUUGAUCCCGAGUUGGAAGAAUUUCACGCAGCCCUAUUGGACGAUGUUGUGCACACGUUGUGUGUUCGACCGAUGAUCUGUAGUGAGUUGUUGCAUCAUUUACCAUAUCAACCGGUCGGGUGCUUACUGCGUGUUUCCUCGACCAAUAAAUCAAAUAGUUCCGUCAGUCUGGCAUCCAGUUCACGAAGAGCAAAUCGGCUUGGUGUGGAACAGGUUCUACCUCGUAUUUUGCAACAAAUCGCUACUCAGUCAUCUGUUUCUGGACGUAUUGUGUUCACACUGAAACCCGAAGUGAUGGCUUUUCGGUUCAAUCGAUUUCACUGGGGAUAUCGCCAUGCGGAGCAAACACAGGCCGAAGCCAAUGUAACGAAAUCGUUGAAGAGGUGGCUCGUCGACAUGGCAAACAGAUCGGAUGUGCCGCAAUCUGUACGCAACAAUUUGAGCAAUAUGCCCUUACCACCCCCUGCUCCGCGUCCGUUACGGCUGUUAUUACCCUCAGUUGCACCGAACCUGUUACGAUUGGUAAGCUGCUCAACGUUUGUUCGCCUUAUUCGGACGUUAUUGGACAUUGCAUUGACCCAUGGAAAUAGUUCAUCUUGGUGGUCGGACACUUUGCUCGAUUUAACGUUGCAUCUGAUCACCAUUGCACUGUAUGAGGACGAACUAGAAAGCCAUUGGACUUGGAAUUACUUUAAGAAAGUCGCACAAAUGCGCGAACGUGUGCUCACACCGUUGGAUGCACCGGAACCGGCAACAACAGCAUCAUGUGCACCAUCCCCGGGUUCACAAACGUCACACAUAUCCACAGUGGCUGCCCUGCGCCAGCAUCGAGCAGAACAGGCCCGGGAACGGCAAUCUAAAAUUAUGGCUCGUAUGUCCAAAAUGCAGCGUACGUUCAUUAGCGCAUACGGACAUAUGGAUACCGAAGAAAGGACACAGUCUAACGUUCCGAUAACCACAGACCCGACUGAUCAGUCCGGGGAUGAAGAAAUGUUGCCCGAUGAAGGAACCGUGCAAUCACACGGAGCCUUAGGACCGAAUCGUUCCAUCGUUCCAAUUCAGGCAGUGAUUUCGUCCCAGUCCGCAACUCCGGCAAAAACAAUAACUUGUAGCCUGUGUUUGGAGGCGGUAGAUGAGAAAUUAUCCAGUGGGAUGGUUAUUGGUGCCCAUGUUUGCCGAUCCUCUGUGCUCUCUUCUGAUACCUCUGCGUGGUUGGAGGGUUUGAGCACGGUAGCCGUGUGUGAUCGUCUUUCUUCCGGGCACAACACGAGGGAAAUUUCUUCGAGAAUGGAAACUGCGAUGGAAUUGGAUCAAUCGGAAGAAUCAGAAGCAGGAGCUCCUGAAGCGUCAACAGUGAUUGUGACAGCAAGAGACUCCUCCUUUCCACUAACUGCGAACGAAGAACGUUCAUUGUAUGGUUUCCUGGCAGCGGCUGCUACAACCGUGACUGCAUUGGGUGCAGAUCAGUUCGAGGAAGCAAAACUUUUGCUUCAGCGAUUGUGCGCCAAUCUGCCAUUAAACAUGGCUCUAUGUCCUGCAUGCAAGAGCGUUUCGGAACCGAUCGAGGGCAGCGGUGAAAAAUGUGCAUGUCGUAAAAAUCUUCGCCACCUUUUGGAAACAUUGAAAUCUAAGUUUGAUCAAUGGCACGCUCGUCCGUUGGUCGCCAGUCGAGACCCGAUCGCGGAUGAAGGGUCAUUUAUCAGUUGCUGUUCUCAUCCGAUGCAUGCUGUUUGCAAAUUGAAGUACGGUCGAGUGCUCAAGUCACGAGUGAAUCAUGUGAACCGUCAUCGGGUAGCCAUGCAGUUAGUAUACCAAUUUCGUUGUCCGCUAUGCAAGGCCAUCUCAACUUUGGAUCUGCCCGUGUUGGAGUCAUUGCUGAACCAAAUUCCACCCCAAUGGCUUCAGAAACGUUUCUUAAGUGAAACCCUGGAUCCCAUUUUGUCCUGUGCUAGUCCUACCAUUGCUGCACGUUCUCAUUUCCAAACGUUGCCUUCAUGGCUGGUACGUUUACGACAAUGGCUGGAUUAUGCACCCCACCCAUCCGAACGAACCGCGGAUCUUCCUCAAUCCGUACUCGAUCAGGUAUGUCUAAUGUUCGAUGGAAACGAUUUUUAA